GUCCCACUCCUCCGCUGACGGCCGGGUCAGGGAAAUCCGAAUCAGGCUUGCCUCUGCAGCUCUGCCCAAAGUCCUAGCAAAGUCCUCAGAGCAGGCAGGAGACCAGUAAGUGACUUCAGCAAGAUAAGUUCGACUUUUGCCUGACUCAGAGACUGCCAGAAAGUAGAUCCUUUAUAUAGGCCAUGGGGUGUGGCUCCAUGACUCAGCACUCAUUAAGGCCUGCCCCUCCCUUCCUUCUGUUGCCUCCGCCUAUCCAGUCUUCUGAUGCGAGGGUCACUCCAAUCAGCUGUUGUUGGGAGUAAACCCUCCUCAGGCUCACCUGCUGUGGAGGAGGGGGAGGGGUCUAGCUGCUCCGUUUGCCUGGGCAUGGAGUCAGGGCUGGGGCAGGGAGAUGCUCCUUCUUCUGCAGUUUGUGUGGGCAUGGAGCCAGGACUUGGGCCGGGAAGCAUACAUUCCUCAGUGUUCGGGAGCAGCUUCCAAGCAAUUUUCAGAAGAAGUUUUAAGAGCCCACAAUGACUACAGGAAGAAGCAUGGCGUUCCUUCACUAAAACUCUGUAAAAAAUUAAACAGAGAAGCACAGCAGUAUUCAGAAGCACUUGCUAGCACAAGAAUCCUCAAACACAGUCCUGAAUCUAGCAGUGGAAAAUGUGGAGAAAAUCUAGCAUGGGCUUCAUACGAUCAAUCAGGAAGUGAAGUAGCUGACAGAUGGUAUAGUGAAAUCAAGAAUUAUAAUUUCCAAAGCCCUGGUUUUUCCUCUGGGACCGGUCAUUUCACAGCAAUGGUUUGGAAGAACACAAAAAAGAUGGGAGUUGGAAAAGCAGCUGCAAGUGAUGGCUCCACAUUUGUAGUGGCUAGAUAUGAACCUGCUGGCAACAUUGUAAACGCUGGGCAAUAUGAACAAAACGUUUUUCCACCAAAAAAAUAAUAAAUUGUAUGGAAAGGAGGCUGUUUUUAACAGGUUAUACAAAGAAAACUGGGAAUUCACCUGAUUACAUAGGACAAAUCACUGUUGAAUGGUACUUUAGUCUUUUAAUGAUUAUUUCAAGAAAUGUUUAAUGGAGAAGCAGUUCUGCCUACAAAAUUAAUUCUUGUACAGAACCAUGUCUGAAACGCAAUGAAAACAUUGAAAGACAAUGAUACAAGCCAACAUAAGGAACAUACAUAUCAAGAAAUGUAAGAGCAAAAUAUAUUGAAAUAACAGUAUUCAGAUUGUAAUAUUUUGAUAUUAAAGUUUGCAAAUAUAUUUUUAGAGCGUUUACAUAAUUUCAUAUUUGUACAGAAUUCCUUCUCUAGAAUAUAUUUGCAAACUUUAAUAUCAAAAUAUUAUAAUUUUAAUACUGUUAUUUCAAUACAUUAUAUUUUCAAGGAUUUAUAAAAAGAAGAAAGACUGGUUUUAAUUGUUUACAAUUAAAUGCCCAUAGGGAUUGAUUGUGUUGCAACAGUUUUAAAUACAUUAGACUGAAUGCAUAUGAAAAAUAGCAAAUGUCCUAACAUAAAUUGCAUGAAACUAUUUAUCUGGUGCAUCAAGUGUUUGUAGAUCAGCAUGGACUGGUGUAGUAGGGUUGUAGGCAUUCUGAAAAUACAACUAUUUCCACAGAGCACAAAACUUAGGUAUCCAUUAGACUCUCAUCUGACUUCUUUUUGUGUAAAUUGCAAGGUCAGGUUAAAUUAAUAGUUUUAUUUCUCAGUCUGGAAGUUUGCUGAAGCUUACAGAAUUAUUGUUUAGUAAGCAUCUCACCCUCUUUUUAUAUUGCAAAGACUUUGUGUCAGUGCAGUAAAUGGAGAGUGAGGGGCUCCUAUUAGGGACAGCUGACAAGACUGGGGAAUCGGUUAGUAGUAAAUGACGCAGUUGUUGGGGAAGUGCUCCAUUGCCACAAUAGUCAUGGCUUUUGCUUAGAAGUCACACUUGAAAGAAAUAUUUUAAAAGUCUUUAAAAGGUCGAAAAAUUUAAACUCUUCUGAUUAGGAUAAACAGAGACUGUUAAAAUGAAUAUAUUACCCAAGACAUUUUUUAAAAUUUGAAAUGGUGCCAGUUUUAUUCCCAUGUAAAACUUGGCAAGAUUGGCAAAAAACAUUCAAUAGAUUUAUAUGGAAUUGGAGAAAACCUGAAAUAAAUUUUAAGUUUUUACAGGAUGAACCCAAUUAGCAAAAGAAAGCUCAGGACAAUAUUGGUUGGAAACAUGAAAAAGGACCUCAUGCUAGUAGCUAGGCAAUUGACUAAUAUUGAUGAUGAUGAUGAUGAUAUUCCAUUCAAUCCUGCCUUUGGUUCUUGGAGACUACCUGAACAAGCCCUGCAAUUUUCUUGGCAAGGUUUAUCAGAAGUAGUUUGCCAUUGCCUCCUGAAAAAGUGACUGGUCCAGAGCCCUAAAUGGCAUGGGUCUAGGCUAUUUGAGGAGCUAUCUUACUCCAAUAAGAAUAGCCUGCCCCACCUAUUCCAGUAAAAGGAGCCUGAUGUGGACCAAGAAAUUCUAGCCAGCAAUGUCAAAAAAGAGCCUUUUCUACUGUGGCCUCAUCCCUGUGAAUCAUUCUACGAUGAUCAGAAGCAAGAACUAUUCCAACUCUUCAAGCAUUCCAGAAGGGUAUCAAAACCUGAUUUUUUCAGUUGCCUUAUAAAGUGUUUACUGCUGGAAGGGUUAACAGAGUAAGAAGAACUAUCAUCCCAAUGUUGUUUGUCUCCUUGGUUCUAGUUUUUUUUAGCGUUUAAAUUUUUAAAUUAUUUUUAUACUUUUUAAAAAUUUUCUGUAAGCCACCCAAAGUCACUUUAUAAUUGACAGGGGAAAGGUAUAAAUAUAGCAAACAAACAAACAGUCACCCAGCUGACUUUAUGCCCAAAUCUGAACUGAAACUCAUUUCCUGGUUUCUAGCCUGAUGCCUUAACCAACUAUAUAUUAUAGUCUAGACCAGAGGCCACCAACCUUUCGGACCUCAGGGACCACUAAAUUCAUAAUUGUAAAUCCCACGGACCACUAAUAUUAUCUGCCUAAAUGACCGGCUAGGUGGGUGUGGCAAGGUGGUCAUGUGACUGGGUGGGCAUGGCCAACUCAACAUCACAAACGUCGAGGGGCACCUUGCCAGCUUCUACUUGCCACUCCUCACCUGCCCGCCUGGGCUCCUUAGGGCCCCAACAGGAAGUAGUUGCUGGAGCUAAGCAGCCACCAUGAGAAAGAAUUGGCAAAACAGCUCAGUUCAAAUUGGAUCUGACUGAGAAGGGAGUUCAUCAGAAGCACCUCACUGAGGACUACAAGCAUAGGGUUUCCAAGCAGAGGGAAGACCUGCGGGAAUGCAAGGCCAGGUACUGGCACCUGGAGGCUCAGCGGACUCAGAUGGUCAGCCAGUUCCAGGCCAUGAUGCUGUCCCACUGGAAAAAGGCCCUUCAGCUCUUUGCCACCAGUGGCACUCCCCUCCAGCCUUCGUCCAAAGCCCCACACCAGGAGGCUGAAGCAGACCCUGAGUCGGAAUUUCUGCCCCUCUCCAACCCAUACAAAAAGACCCUGAAGGGGGAGACUCUCUGCAGCAACACAAACGUUCAUUGCACGUAUCCAGCCCAGAGGCCUUAGUUUCAGGACUUUAGUGCAAUAUAAAAAAAUGCAAAUAAUUUUUCUGGGGACUAUCAAAAUUUUCUCACGGACCACCGGUGGUCCACGGACCCCCAGUUGGUGACCACUGGUCUAAACUAUAAAGAUAAAGGUAAAGGUUCCCCUCGCACAUACGUGCUAGUCAUUGCCGACUCUAGGGGGCAGUGCUCAUUCCGUUUCAAAGCCGAAGAGCCAGUGCUGUCCGAAGACGUCUCCAUAGUAAUGUGGCUGGCAUGACUCAAUGCCAAAGGUGCAAUGAACGGUCUUACCUUCCCACCAAAGGUGGUCCCUAUUUUUUUCUACUUGCAUUUUUUACAUGCUUUUGAAACUGCUAGGUUGGCAGAAGCUGGGACAAGUCAUGGGACCUUACCCGUUACACGGCAGUGCUAGGGAUUCGAACCGCCGAGCUGCCGACCUUUUGAUCGACAAGCUCAAUGUCCUAGCCCCUGAGUCACCACAUCCCUAUGGUCUAAACCAGCGGUUCUCAACCUGUGGUUCGUGACCCCGUUGGGAGUCGAAUGACGAUUUACCAGGGGUCGUCUAAGACCAUCGGAAAUAUGGGAAGUAUACUUACGAGUCGAAAAAUUGCGCUCCAAUGGUUGACGCCACAAGCCAGCUGCAGACUCUUCAAAUCACUAGCCGAAUUUGGCUUCAGGCGCGAUGAAUUAAAAAAGAGAGAAAUCUUUGCUCUGAUGUCUCCCUCUCAAACCAGCUGCAAUCACUCCCAAUUGCUAGCCUAAUCUGGCUUCAGGC